AGUAAGUGUCGGUAUUAGGAGGAGGGGUGUAGGAGAGAAGGGGAACGUUUGACAGGAGGGCUCCACAACAAGCUGUGGCAUUUGAGCUCGGUGCUGAAAUAGUCUGCACCCACUGGCUGGCUAACAUCCCGGUUACAGAUUUGCCUGGAGAGAGAGGGAGAGGAAAUGAGCGAGGGAUAUUCUGAAAGGUAGAACAUUCGAUAUUGAUGUGUAAAAGAAAGACAGGCCUUGUUGGGGAAAAGGCAGGAGGAAUUUAAAGAAAAGUACAAGUGCAAGGAUUCACGCUGCUUCUCAGGUGUCUGCUGUCAUUGGGCUUUUUUUAGGGCUUUAUUUUUACCACCAGGACUGCGUUCCUACAACUUUGGCCCAGAGGCUUGCAUUUGCUUGUACGCUAGUGUGUAGGAUUUUUGUAGAGUUUUUUUUUCUUGGAUAUGGCCAUGGCUGAGACGACCCUCAAAUUAGAUCGCGUGGCUCUUAGUGAAAUAUCUGAUGAUGAUGAUGAGGUGCUUUUGGUCACAGCGGCGGCCAAACCGUCAUUAACUACUCCGAUCUCCAACCGCAAACAUAUAGACGACGAUGAUGACGACGACGAUGAUGAAGAUGAAGACGAAGACAACAAACCAUCCAAAGAUGUGGAUUUGAAGCUGGGACUGGACAACAGUGACUCCCAGAGAUCAGAAGCUCAAGCGACAGGCAUGAUGGUCCUGGCUCUCUUGGACAGGAUCAUCGGUGUUGUGGAUCAGAUCCAGCUGACGCAGAACGGCCUGGAGUCCCGGCAGGAGAGCAUGGAGAAGAACAUGUCGGGCAUCCAGAGUGAGCUGCACAAGCUAUCCAAGAGCCAGGGUGGCACAGCUGGCACGGUCACCAAGCUCCUGGAGAAGGUGCGCAAAGUGAACGUCAACGUGAAGAGCGUACGGUCCGAACUGGAGAAGCAGGCGGGUCAGAUUAAGAAGCUGGAGACCAACGAGCAUGAGCUACUGAAAAGGAAGAAUUUUAAAGUGCUCAUCUUCCAGGAUAAAGAAAAGCCAGUGAAGACCACUCAGAAGCCUGAGGCAGCAGUAGGCGAGGAAGGUGAACACGUACUAAGUGAGGGAGAGGAACCGAAAGGCACGGAUGAAGUGGUCGAGAUCGAGGAAACUGUGGAGGAAUCGCGGGUGGCGCGCAUCAAACGCAGCGGCCUGCAACGUGUGGAUGAAAUUAAGAAGGCUUUCAGCAAGGAGCAGAUGGAGAAGACCAAGCAGCGAACCAAAGAGAACCUAGAGAAAACCCGUCAGAGAACCAAGGAGAACCUGGAGAAGACGCGUGUGAGGACCCGCGAGAACUUCCAGAAGACCAGGGUGACCCUUGGGAAGAAGAUGGGCAAGCUAGGAACGAAGAUCAGACCCAAAAAAGAACGCAAAGAGAAGAUUCGUGUGUCUCGUGAAAAGAUAAAGAAGUCGCUCAAAUCCGACAAGGUCUACGCCCGCUCGAAGAUCACCACUUACCGUGUGCCUCCGUUCACGUUCUACGUGAAGAAGAUCCGCGAAGGCGAGGUGCCGGAGCCUGAAUCCGAGCCCGAUGACGAAGCCGAAGAGCUGCAAGUCGAGGACAAGGAAGACGCAGAGGCGAAGGAAGCCGAGCUGGUUAACCUGAGCAGCCCUGACGAAGCUCUGCUCGAGGCAGUUGAUCAUUCACAACUCGUAAUCCAGGAUUCAGUGAAGCCACGGGAGAAAGCAAGCCAAUGAAGCUGACGCAGGAGCAAAAAAUAACAAGCAUGUGUGGAAACCUGGAGCUGAAGAUGAAGGCUACGUGAACGUAUACACAGACGUGACAGUGAAGUGUGAAAUUGCUGAAGGAUGAAAAUGCACAAAAGCAUGUUGGAUUGAGGAACAACCUCAUUUAGAUAACACUCUUAACCUCAUUUAGAUAACACACUCUUUAUAAACACAUAUAUCAACUCCAGGCAGCUGUUUCUAAUCGCAGUCUCCAUAAUUUUGAGUUUCUAAUAAUUAGUUGAUGAUUCAUUUGAGGUGUAGCAGGGCGCUUUCACACCUUUUCGCCUUUGUGAUCAUUCGAAAACAAACCUGACAUGCGGCUUUUUUUGUUAUUGCUUGUUUUGGCUUUUUCACACUGGACAUAGGUAAAGAACCCAAAAGCUAAAAGUGGACUGAAAAUAUAACAUCUUUAUUCAUUGAUCAGACAAUAAACAAACCUUCAAUUGUAGAGUUCCUUUUAAAAUCGGAGCCAAAUAUAAUUAUAUAAACUAUUUUAACGCUUAUUAAUCCAGUGUUCUUUUUUUUUUUUUUUUUUUUACAUUUCACAUCAACGUCAGAUUUUUAUUGUUAUGUCCACCUGGACACACUCGGACCGGUUGUGGACAAAACAUUUUUGGACGAAAUGUUAAAGACUGCAAUUAGAAACCGCUGCUCAGGACAGUUGUAAUUCGAACCGGAUGGUCCCUAAUGACUUUUCUAAGCUUUCAAGACAAGCUCGAGAUGGAUGUCAGGCUUGAGCAUCGAUUCGGACACAGAUAUGUCAUCUGAAUUGUCCGAUACCAGGCUAAUCACUGAGAGCUCUACAUAUGUGGAUAUACAAUUAUAUUUACUUCAAACAUUAUGUGCGUAAAUGUAAAUCCGCUUGGGAACGAUUUGUAGCCAUGUUUUGUUUUCACAUUUAUUCUGCUUUUAUUUGGAGACUAAACUGACAAAUUUGAUCUUUAGCCAACAUUAAUUAGAUUAAUUAACAUUAAGAAAAAAGUAUUUUCAUCCAUAGCUGCGUUCCAGAUCAACGCUGAUGGCUAGGACUUAGGUGGUCGAUGUAGGUUACCGUACCGUUUCUUGUUCUAAGUGGAAUCCGACUGGAAGAGAAGAGUGUGGAGAGAAAUUUCAAAGUCCUUUAAUAAAAAUGGUAAAAGAUGAAAGAAAGAAUCCACAUGAAUAACACAUCUAUUUCUUGUUAAAAGUAAAGGGUUUUUAUUUGUUUGGUUGGUUGUUGAGUUUUUCUAGGACAGCCAAUGGGCCUCAUUCAUCAAUUUAUUUAUUUACUAAUUAUUUUUUGCGCAUCCCAAACCACAAUCUGACAAAAUGAAGAACAUUCCAAGUCUGAUUCAUGAUCUGUUCAUUCUUUUUAUUUUUAAGCCACGAAAAAUCUUUACGCAAUUUUUUUUAUUGUCAUGUGUCCCAGUCAUUCGUUAUCACAAUUAACCUCCCAUCACGUGUGUGUUUGUGUGCGGAAAGGGAAUUAACACACUUCAACAUGAUACUCAAAGACAGACAGAAAAUUCAAAUCAAAUCAAAUCUAAAAAAUAGCACAGCUACUAGUUUAGCAUUGUCCACACUGUUGGUGAUUACAUGUUAGUGAAAUUAACUUCAUAGUCCAAAACCUCAAGUGGGAAAACUUUGGUUUUGGAUGGCAAACAAAGGUUCUCAAAAUUUAGGAAGAUUCUGUCAUUUAUUUGGGGGCAAUUCACCAAAGGGUAAAUGUAUUUUUUACCACUUUAACUUUUAACCCAGGUUUUGUGAACCAGUCGGAAGCAAGAUCGCAGGACUGCUGUCUCUUCAGUGGCAGGGUUGAAUGCGCUGUUUAUCGUUUAUGUAGUUCACAUUGAUCUGUUAACCUGUGGUGGUUUUUCUUUUUUUGGUGAUUUUUGUGGCAAAAUUCUUUUUUUUCUUCCUUUUUUAAAAUCUUUGUUAACUAAUGCUAAUAAAUGUACACCUUAAUGUGAAGAGUUUCGCAGUAAAAAACAAAAGCAGGUGCAUGGAUGAUAAAUGAGGCCCAUUGUCCAGAACCCGACACCUUCGGCUGUUGAUUUCCACUGAUUUUAGAGAGCUUCUUGAACACAUACAGUAGCUAUGGACAAACAUCACAAAGCAUGGUCCGUGCUGCAGCGUUUAAUCCUGUACAUAAUAUAAUCGAGCUAAUCGUGUUGUUCACUUGUUCUGUACAUACGAUACAUUAGCACAGGUUCAGUAUUAAUAUAGGAACUUUUCUUACCAUGAGUUAUAUACUGCUAGAAUGUGUGUGUCCUGCUUCAGAGAGAAGGAAUGCAUUAUUUUGAACAAACUGUAUAUGUGUAAGAGUAUACAGUAUACAGUAUGAACCAUUUUUAUAUGCAUGACAGCAAAUAGUCACGAUCAUACAUUUAUAAUGAGUAGAUAAAUGGCGCUCGUGCACGUGUUAUGAGAGCUUGUUAUCUUGCAGGUCUUUUUUUCUGUGUUUAGUGGAGCACUAGGGACAAACCGGGACACAACUGAUUAAGGUUUGGCCUUGAAAUAUUACCCAGGUUUUUGUUUAUUUUGAGUCUGUCUGCCCUAAAGAAUGCUAUGGUAAAAGCUCCAGCUCUGAUCAGCUCCAAAUGUUGCUCUGUUUUUAUCCUUGGCUUCUAGUUUUUUCGUUUUUGGCUGGAAGAAGUAUUUUUUUUGUUUUUUUGCUGAGGUCAGUUAUUGUGGAAAUGCCAAUAAAGAAAUGAACACUGGUUGGAAA